GAGUGAAAAUAUUACCUGCUUGUGUUAUCAUAUAAAUUCUCGUCCUUAAAUAAAGAUUCUCGAAUAUCCAGGAAAAGAAUAAGAUUGCAAAUAGCAUAUGAGUGAAUUGGAGAUUGAGCUAUUGUUUAGACUGUCCUUCAGUCAAUUCCAGUUAGUAGCCCAUUCUGAUUCCAGUGAAAGUCACUACCUCGACAGCCUGUUUUGUGUCACAGGUUCCAGUGAGCAAAAGGGCGUGGAGCGGCGUUCGAGACGCUCUUCAGCCAGGCUCGCCGUGCCCGCAGUUCUACAGCAACGAGGUGAUCGGCAACGAGGACUGCCUCUUCCUCAACGUCUACAGCCCAGUACAGGGAACGACCAACGAAACCCUGAAAAAUGUAAUGGUCUGGAUUCACGGAGGCUGCUUCAGGGAAGGAAGAAGCGACACUGCCACACCGCACUACUUUGUUGACAACGACAUUGUGUUUGUCGGUAUAAACUACCGCCUAGGACUGCUAGGUUUCCUUAGCACCGGUGACGACGUCGUACCAGGAAACAUGGGCCUCAAAGAUCAGACAGAGGCCCUUCGUUGGGUCCAGAGGAACAUAGCGGCGUUUGGCGGCGACCCAGACAAAGUUACUAUCUUCGGCGAAAGUGCUGGAGGCGCAUCCAUCCACUACCAUAUCUUAUCUCCACUGAGCAAAGGUCUAUACAAAAAUGCAGUAGCAAUGAGUGGAACGGCGUUAAGCCCAUGGGCCUUCUCCAGGAACGCAACAGACAGAACAGUACGCUUCGCAGAGUACCUGGGACACCCUGUCAAGAACUCAUCUGAUCUUGUAGAAUUCUUCAAAACUAUUAAUUCUAGCACUCUUGUGGUGAACAUCAAUAACGCUCUUUCGGAUGAGGACCGACUGAGCUUAUUCACGUGUGUUUGGGCGCCCAGCGUCGAACCGGAACACGAGUCGGCCUUCCUGACGGAGGAGCCGUGGAAGCUGGUGGCCGAGGGUCGCUACAACCUCGUCCCCUACAUGUCCGGCGUCACCGACCUGGAGCAGCUCGCGCAGACCCAACCGGGCGGAGUGUUGUCCACACAGGAGCAAGUGGACAACCUGAACGCGAACUUUGAGGAGACAGUGGCCUGCGACAUCCGCCUGCCGACGAGGCCGGAGCAGCUGGGCGCUGCGAGCCUCGUCAGGCAGUUCUACUUCGACAGCGCCAUCACGCUACAGAACAACUACACCACCGCCUUGUUUGACUCGCACCUCUUUUUUGUGGAGGGAGUGGACACAGUCAUCAGGAGUAUGGCUCGCUACUCCCCGCUGCCCGUCUACUACUACCAGUUUGCCUACAAUGGACCCAUAAGUCAGUUCCCUGGCGGACCAGGAGCUGCCCAUGCAGAUGAUAUAACAUAUCUCUUCGCAUCAUCAUCUCUCGAUCCUAAUGCAGACGGAGCUAUCCUAAGGGAUCAAAUGACAGCCAUGUUGGCGAAUUUCGCAAAAACGGACAAUCCAACCCCAGAAGUGAGUUCACUGCUGACAGAAGAAUGGAUAGCGUACAACGAAACGUCCCCCUUCUACCUGAGGAUGUCCGCUCCACUCAGCUCGGAGAUGAACCUCUUUGAGCCGUAUAUGAGCUUCUGGCAUGACUUGCUGCCGUAGACUCAAUGCUGUCACACGACACA